CGCGACCUCAGCAACGAGCUUUUGGGGCCGGUCCAGGCGUUUUUGGGGGUGCCCUACGCCGCCCCCCCGCUGGGCCCCCGCCGCUGGGCGCCCCCCGAAGCCCCCGCCGCCUGGGGGGGGGUCCGCGACGCCACGGCCUUCGCCCCCGCCUGCCCCCAGAACCUGCGCGCCGGACCCCCGCCCCUGAUGCUGCCCCUGUGGCUCAGCGACAACCUGGAGGCCGCCGGCGCCUACGUGGCGGCGCAGAGCGAGGACU